AUGAACUUCAAGGAUUCUGAUAUCAAGCUCGUGGCCGAACAGAUCAUCCAGCUGUCUCGUGGGAGUGAUGUUGACUUUGGAGCUGAAUUUCUUUCUGAAAACGAGAAUCUCUAUCCUCCAGCAACGGAGGAGGAUGAGCGCAAAUUGAUUAGAAAACUUGACUUCAUCUUGGUUCCAAUGCUAUUCUUCACUGCUACCAUGGGUGCAGUUGAUAAAGUUGCUCAGUCAACUGCUGCCAUCUACGACUACAGAACUGAUAACAAUUUGAUAGGUAACGAGUAUUCGUGGUUGGGUUCAAUUCUUUUCAUUGGUUCUCUUGUAGGUAUGUGGCCAAUGUCAUUUCUCUUGCAAAGGUUCCCCUUGGGCAAGGUGCUUGUCACAGCUUCACUCUUCUGGAGUAUGUUCACCUUUCUUUUGUGUGCUUGUGAUAAUUUUGCUGGCUUGGCGACUCUUCGUUUCCUUAUGGGUUUUGUAGAAUGUGCCAUCGUCCCUGGCUGUACUCUUGUCUGUGGUCGUUUCUAUACAAAGAAGGAAAUCGCUACUCGUCUAGCUUUUGUCUUCGCCUUUGCUUCUUCUGUAAUCAACGGUUUCUUGUCUUGGUUAGUUGGCAACUUCAAUGACUCUCAUGUUGCCGCUUGGAAGUACCUUUACAUCUUGGUUGGAUCUGUUUCAUUCCUGUGGGGAUGUCUCAUGUGGUUCUUUUUACCAGACUCGCCUUUGAAUGCGAAGUUCCUAUCUACCCAGCAAAAGGUAUAUGUUGUGAAGCGUGUCAUCCGAGAUAGUAAUGGUGGAGUUGACUCCAACCAUUGGAACUGGAACCAGGUAAAAGAAGCAUUUUGUGACUACAAAGCUUACACUGUUUUCUUUUUCAACAUCAGCAUCAAUAUUUGUAAUGGUGGUCUUUCAACUUUCUCGGCUAUCAUCAUCAAUAACCUUGGUUUCGAUGCAAUGAAAUCGUCAUUGAUGGGUAUUCCUACCGGUGUCAUCGCCACGAUCGCUACUAUCUUUUUCACUUAUUUAUGUAACAAGUUUAGCAAUCGACGCAGUUUGAUCGCUAUCAUUUCACUUAUACCUCCAUUGGCUGGAUCAGCUAUUCUUUACGGCGUUGAUCGUCUGAAAGUUGCCCCACAGUUAGUCGGACUCUAUUUGCUUUAUUUCUACUUUGCACCAUAUGUCGUUAUGAUGUCGCUUGCGCAAGCCAACACUGCUGGUAACACCAAGAAGUCAGUGACUUAUUCGAUGAACUAUUUGGGCUACUGUGUUGGGGCACUCAUUGGGCCUCAAACCUUCAGAGCAAAUCAGGCUCCAAAAUACACUGGUGGUUUCAUUGCUUUGCUUUGCUCAUUUCUUAUUUGUAUGAUGUUUGCUGGAUUCUACUGGUUGAUUUGUAUCUGGGAGAAUAACAAGAAGGACAAGUUGGUCACUGGUAGUGACGGGGAACUGGAGGUGAACCUGCUGACUGAGGAGGGGGAGGAGUUUUAUGACCUUUCUGAUUUGAAGAGAAAGAACUUUCGUUACACUACCUAA